AUAAACCAUAUGUGGGUUGGCUCUGCAAUUCCGCGUUAAUACAUAUUUAUAAAAGAGAUAAAGCUCUUGCCGUAAUCUACCUUGGCCCGGGCUAAUACUAAUCACAAUCCGCAAAUAAAUAAGAAAUUUCCACAAAAAAAUAGAGAAUAAAUAGUAACGACAAAUACAAUUCCUUGUUACUUCAAGCCUAGAACUAAAAUAACUUUAUAGCCAAGACGGAAUAAAAAGUGCAUUGUGAGAAAGAGACAGUGUAACUCAGAGGGGGGCAAAAGACUGAGACGUGGAAACAGAAAGAGACGCAGCGAAACCAGCUCCGCAAUCAAAACAGAAACAACAACGAUCGUUGGGAUAGGAGGCAACAAAACAAAGAAGCAAGGCGAACAAAGAACCACAACACGACUGAAACCAAGAACGGGAGCAGUAGAGAGAGAGAUACAUUUACUACAAAAAUCAUCUGUCAGAUGCAAGUGUGUCGCAGCAUAAAAAAGAUACAAUAAUAAUCAGGAACAGCAGCAGCAACAAAUUAAAAUCUCUCUCAGUCACUCUCUAUACAAAAUAACCACAAAAAGAGCCCCAAAUUUUGUUUUGUUAAUUAAGACGCCAAAUGUUUGGCAGUCAUUCAAAGUGCAGCGCGAGAGCGUAUCCAACUGUAUAUCCGAAGUAUACGUGUGCCAACGUGUUUGCGUCUGUGUGUGUGCGUGAGUGCGGGGGUGCUUGAGCGUUUCAUUUCCAUUUCGGUUCAACUGAGCCACGAGCUCGCUCGCCCUCUCUCCGUCUAGCUCUCUCAUUUACUUCUAAACAGCUGUGGCUGAUAAGAUUUUGUUUUUGGGGCUUUUCAAGUGCACUCCCUCUCUGCCGCUCUCACUCACUCCCACGUUUGUGUCUGCUGCUCCAUUGAGUUAUCAGUCAAUGGCUUUUCAAAACUCAUCAAUUGUCUAAAGAAAAUUUUAAAAUUGAUCAUCUGAACUACAAAACCAGCGAAUUCCUUACAAAUAAAAAAGUGUCAUGCCACGUGUUGGCUCCAGUCAUGAAAUGGCCCCCAAUCCAGAGGAUCUCACAAUAACCAAUAAUCACAACCAGCUUCACCAUGUUGUCCUUCAGAACCAUUCGAACAAUAAAUCCAAAUCGAAUACCUUAAACUCUCAGCGAAAUGCCAUUGCGAAUGGUGGUGAAUUGAAAUUGACCAUAUUACAAAUGAUUUUCGAGGCCUUGGGUUUACGUAAUCAAGCCCAGAACCGAGAGCCAACGUCCAAGGAUAUUGGCACACUGAUAAUGCUCGGCUUUAUGUUUCUGCUGUUUGUGAUAAGUGUUACAGGGUUUUUUGUAAUGUGGUUUACGGAAUUCUAUAACAACACCAUGCUAGAGAAUCUAAUUUUGGCUAAAGAUUCAGAGACAGUGAAAACCUGGCUUAAUCCUCCAUCAAAAUAUGACACUCUAUUGAAAGCUCACAUCUUUCACUAUCCGAAUAUUGAGGAUUAUCUAGCUGGUAGAGCUGAUAAAAUCAAAAUUGAAGAUCUAGGACCAUUGACCUAUCAAGAGCACACGGUGAAAGAUGAAGUUUCCUUCAAUGACAACAAUACAGUGACCUUUCGAGAUCACAAAUCGUAUAAAUUUCUACCGGAAAAAUCUAGUAUAAGGGAAGAUCAUAUGGUUCUAGUGCCGAAUAUUCCAUUAUUAACGGCUGCGGUGCAUGUAAAACGUUUCCCAAUGUUUGAACGUUUAUCGGUGGCAUGGAUUAUCAAGCAAUAUAGAGAGCCUUUGUUUAAGAAUCUAACAGCAGGCGAACUACUAUGGGGCUAUGAAGAUAAGAUCAUUAAAUUGAAGUCCUUGGGCAUGGGCAAAAGACGUUUUGGCUUGCUAAUGAGCCGUAAUGGCACCAGCGUCGAUUCGGUGCAAUUGAAUACUGGAGAAUCGGAUAUCAAUCAAUAUGGCAUUAUAACACAAUUUAAUGGUAUGCCCCAAUUGGGUUUCUGGGAAGGCGACGAAUGUAACCGAGUUGAUGGUUCCGAGCCGACAAUGUUCUCACCAAAUCUUCUGCAGAAUCGGGACACAGUGAAUGUUUUUUUGCAGGUUCUAUGCCGAAAAGUUCCACUACAUUUCGAGAAAGAGGAGAUUAUCUUUAAUGACAUUGAUGUCCUGCGUUAUCGUACGCCCUUGGAUGUAUUUUCACAUCCCAGCGAGAAUAAGGCAAAUGAAUGUUAUUGCAAAAAUGUUGAUAUUUGUUUGCCCAGCGGUGUAAUAAAUGCCACACGGUGUUAUAAUGAUGCACCCAUAUUUCCCUCAUUUCCACACUUUUUCUCGGGAGAUCCGAUAUUGUACAAGGACUUCGAUGGCAUACAACCAAAUGCUGAGUUGCAUCAGACCUAUGCGGAUAUUCAUCCAAGAUUUGGUGUACCGAUCAGUGGAGCAUCACGUGUCCAGAUCAACAUUAUGCUGGAUAAGACCCCUCUCCUGGAGAAUAAAGCAAAUCGUUUGAGAAAUUCUACCAUCUUACCUCUAAUGUGGAUUGAGAUAACAUCGGGUGAAUACUCCGAGGAUGUGCUGCAUGACAUUUACUUUAGCACUUUCGGCCUAGAUGCCAUACAAUUGGCUCUGAAAUAUGGGACCCUCUUGAUAUCGGUUACCUCUUUUAGCCUGAUUGUGGCUGGAGUGUAUUACUUUAAUAGCCGCCGAGAAGAGCAUUUGCAGCAUCAUCUGCAGCAUAGUAAAUCUGCAGCGGAAUUGGAGGCCCUCAAUGGUGUUCCAGUGGGUGGAUUUGGCAAUAUGAUCGUACAAGUCCAACAUAUCGAUAUGCCUGUACCUUUGGCCAUUAAUCAUCAAAGACAAGCCUCUGCAUAGCUCCGCCAUUUAGCUUAAUAGUUAGUCAUUUAAUUAGGGGCGGGAAACAAACAAAUCAACAAAAAACAAAAAGAGGGGAUCAAUAUUUAGUACAUAUAUGAGAUUUUUCGAAUUUUUGCCACAAUUUAUAGUUGUAGUUUAGUCAUUUAGUCACGAGUCCGCCAGUUACCUUUAGUUUAAGAAUGAUUGUAUAUAAAAUGUAAAGUGAUGUGCAAUAAAUUGUUAAGUAUGUUAAAUAAAAAGAGACAUUUUCUA